AUGGUACCAUCGACAUCGCAAUUAAAUAUCCAUUCCACAUCUGUUACAGGACCACCUAAUAAUAAUAAUAAUAAUAAUAAUAAUAAUAAUAAUAAUAAUGAAGAUGAUGACAAUGAUAAUCAUAAUAAUGAUGACCAUGAUGAUCAUGAUGAAGAUGAUGAUGACGAUAAUGAAGAUGAUGACAAUGAAGAUGAUGACAAUGAAGAUGAUGAUAAUGAAGAUGAUGACAAUGAAAAUGAUGAUAAUGAAGAUGAUGACAAUGAAGAUGAUGACAAUGAAGAUGACGAUAAUGAAGAUGAUGACAAUGAAGAUGAUGACAAUGAAGAUGACGAUAAUGAAGAUGAUGACAAUGAAGAUGAUGACAAUGAAGAUGAUGACAAUGAAGAUGAUGACAAUGAAAAUGAUGACGAUAAUGAAGAUGAUGAUAGUAAUAAUAAUGAUAAUAAUAAUAGUGACGAUGAUGACAAUAAUAAUAAUAAUAAUACCAUAUAA